AUAUAACCCUCCCUUCGUCCCCCUUGUGCCACGUCUUUAUUCUUUCCAUUUUCCAACACCAUCACGGUCCCCACCUCUGCCCGGAAAGGCAGGCACCCGCUCGCUACCCACUAUUGCCACAAUCUCUCUCACACGUCGCCAUGAACGGCAUUAAGGCAGACCCUGAUGUCAAGAUGGACCCAGACGCAUCUACUCCAGGCGGAGGCUUUAUGGAUGAUGAGUUCUAUGAGGACACUGGCGAGAUGAUCAUGAGCAAGGAUAGUUCAGACAAGGAUAUCUGGCUCACGCGCAUCCCGCCGUGGUUGUAUGAAGCAGUUUCAAAGUGGGACGAUCUCGCCGAUGGAAACGACAAUGACCAGAUACAAAUCGGAGAAGUUUACGGAUUUGCGACAACAAGCGGCAUUGAUAAAACGAAGCCCAUGCGUGUCUUCCUCAACGACCGUUGGCGCGCAAAGUCGAACCUGCCCUCUGCCUUCCAGCUCGAUCCUGCGCCAGCCACCGACACAAUACUCGGAAACACAUAUGUUUUCACAGAGAAGGAUUUACCGGGCUUUCGGGGUCAUGGCUACGCUAAAGGGGGCAACCAAGGGAGCUUUGGCGGUGUGCAAGAUCCCAAGGCGCGUGUCCAAAAGCGAAGCAAAUACAAAAAGGCCAUUCCUAAGCAGACCGCCCUUAUUGGUCACGCGACGCGACAGUACAAUGCCAAUCCUCUGGAAACAAAAGAAUACAAAGAUUUUAGCGCCGCACGCAUCAAGCAAGCCAUUCAAGGCUCACACAUGACCACCAUAAUUACCAAGGAUACCGAAGUCUCAGAUGUCAACAAUUCCAUCAUGCUCAACAACCGCUUCAAGAACUUCAUCAGGCCUAUGACCAAAGGAAAAUCGCAACAGAACAAGGCUGCUCGUAUGGCCAGGUCGGAUCUCAUCGAUUUCUUGCAUACUCUAUUCGACGAGUAUCAGUACUGGCCUAUGAAGGCAAUCAAGCAGCGCACCAAGCAGCCAGAGCAAUACCUCAAAGAGGUCCUUGGCGACAUUGCACUGCUUGUCAAGUCUGGGCCCUUUGCAAGUAACUGGAAGCGCCAAGCCGUUUUUGAAAAUCAACGUGACACCAGUAAACAAGCCGAGGCAGCUGCUCCAGAGGGCCCGGGUGAUGGAGAUUCAGAGGGCGAAGAUGAGAUGGAGGACGUGGUCUAGAAGACAGGCCCAAAUACUGCAAAGCCUCUACAUGUGAGGAUGAAGAUGCUGGCCGAGGAUGUGACAACUGCUUUAGCGACACCCGACUUGCACAGAAAAAUGCGUUGGUAAAAAACUGGUUUUCAAUCCAAGACGAGAUGUUUUUCUGCGAUUUUCUUCCAUUUUCUCUGCUAGAAACCAUCGAAGAGGUAUUUUUGGACUAUUUGUAUUAUAAAGCAUGCACUUCUUGCAGCUCGUAACCAAUACAUACUAUAAUGGACUCA